AACAAGGAAGAUACUCCAGAAGAAAAAAAAGUAUAUCGUUUAAACUUGUAAUAAAACUGCAGAAUUCAGUGUACUUUGAGUGAAUUUAAAUACUUCUUAAGUUUACUUUUACUCUGUUAAAUGUUCCAAGUUUUGUGGCAAAUAAAUUUAAUUAUACGAAAAAAACUGUUUAUCUGUUUUCAAGCCUAAGCCGCUGAAUCAAUUUUAGCGAAAUUCGAUAUGAAAUUAGUGUGAAUGCUGGGAAAGAAUAGAUUGUCUUUCUUCCCAUUGCUGUGUUUGGGUCUCCGCUCAAGAUAUACCUAUAAUAUAUCGACUAAGCCGAGUUUCAAAAUAUGUUUUCAUUAGGUAUUAUUUUUUUAUUAUUAUUGUAUUCCAUCUUCGAGCCGAUGAAUUGCCAAUGUUAUGUACGCCAUUAUUAUCACAUGUAUCAGGCCAUAAAUAAAAAAGUUCAAGUUAUUUUCAAUGUUAAAUGUUUGUGAUGUGGCAGUAAGUACUUUUUUAAAUAAAUAAAUAAAUAAAAAUAGGCGCUUGCUAAAUACCACCAGCGAUUUGUAAAUUGAAAUAUCCAAUUUGAAGACGAAACGUACAGGGUAUGAAAUCAAUAAUAAGUAACCUUUAUGAGUGGAGGCGCUCCACUUAACCAACUAGUUAAGUAUGUUAUUGUGGAAAUGAAAAUGUUUGAAAAUAUUAAGUAUUAUUUUCCAUGGAUGAAUAUUUGUAGAUUUACUUAUAACGUUCACUUUAUGAAAAUGAUCUGAAACUUAAUAGAGUUGUUGUUGGCACUUCGCAGAAAGUUUCUGGAAUAGUAUCUGUCGGGUGGAGUGCGAAUUGUUUCAACGAAUGGGUAUAUUUUAUACAUACAUAUUUUAGUGGCAGUCACAGCGCGGUCGACUUUUACGAGUUUUAUGGUAAGUUUAGUUUUAGUUUAAUUUAUCGUUUUUGUUAGGGUGAAAAUCGUCAUUGCUCCCUUUGCCUUUCCAUCUUAUUCGGUUCCUUUAGGUUGUUUUGAUUUGUUUUUGUUUUUUGUUUUUUUUUUGGGUAAAAAUAGUCUUUAGGCUAUACCGACUUUUACUUAUUUUUCUAUUUACAAAACCAUUUAUUUUAAAAUCUGUGUUAAGAUACUGACAACUUUUUAUGCUUUUUAUUAGCUAAUUUUAGUACAUAAUACACACACAAAGGAACAUAAUUGCUCUGCCCUCUGUAGGCCUGGUUUGGUGGACGGAUGGAUGGAUGGACCAAUGGCCCCAGGAUAAAGCCUUAAGAAACAUCUAGAACGUACAGGAAGCGACAGAGGCCCGAAAUAUCAAUUUUAUCUACACAUUUCGUACUAUCGUAAUUCGACACGGGAUUGGCUAGAUUUGAAACGAAUUAAUAUUAUUUGUUAACACAGUGAACUUGACGGCAAAAAUAGUCGAGGGAAAAAGAUCUCGCGGACUAUCUCCAUAACGAUGGACUGACCUCAUAAAAUCUGUGGUUCACUUCAGCAUAAAUGAUUGCUCUCACUCUGCGAAGCACCGUGCGACAUGGCGUCGCAUCGCGAGAGCAUCGAUAUCGCAGGAUCCGACUGAUGUAUGACCACGACCACUCUGUCAAGAGUGUACGACUGGGAAGAAGAAGUUAACGUGCUACGUACCACCUCUGGACGCAUCUGGCUAAUUUAGGACUCGAAUUAUCCUUUAAUACCAGGUAUACCGUAAGCUCUUAGCAUUAAAAAAGCUAUAAAAUAAUCAGCUUCAGAAAAUUACCGGGUGGACCGUGAAAUCGUUUGCGUCUCUAAAGUAAUAUAAAAUUAAAAUCUUUGAAACCACUCGCAUACGAGAUCAGUCAAAACUACACGAAAGACAUUUUAUAGCUUCAAAAAAACAAGAUGUUAAUUUUAUUUUAGAUAAAUAUUAUUACUUAAGUUAAUUUUUGAAUUCUGAAUUAAUUUCUGAAUAUCGAUCGUAUUCAAUUUCCUGUUUUAGUGUUUGGCUAAAGUUCAUUUCCAACUUAUUUGAAUUGAAACGUCGAUUUUGGUUUUUUUAUUCCAACGUUCAAUAUACAUAUUCAAAUAUUAUCUCUAAGUGUUAUUAUAACGCAUUAUUUUAAUGCCAACAUGACCGGCAUGUAUUAUAUUAUAAUUUCUGCCAUAGUGAACUAGUCUUAAAACUAGCUAGGCACAUUACAAUAUAUGUAAAUUGCAAAUAAAAAUCGUGUUGCGUACUAUGUAAGAGUCUUUUUUGAGAAGAAAAUCUACAUUUUAUGUCAAAAGCGUUGCAAAUAAAUUCGUUCAUAUCUAUAAGUUCAGACAACCGAAUUAUCAGACCAGAUAUGGUUCAGAGAUGAUAAUCCUAUCCUAUCCAUUCUAUUAAUAUGCCAUCAGAAUAUGAAGUUGUCGUAGCCUAAAAAGAAUUCGCCUAGUGUAUCCGUAUGGAGCCAUUCGUGUAUCUUGGUGCUUAAAUUCCGCAGACAGGUAUGAAUUUUUCCAACGAAAUACGUAUUUAACUCAUGCUUACGAAUGACUUCUACUAUGAAGGAAUACGAUUGAGUAAUAAAAUCAUAGCAUACAAAAAUUAUAUGUGUAUUUUUUUUUUCUACAACGUAAAUGUGCCACCCACCUUGAAAUAUAAGUUCUAAGGUCUCAAAUAGUUACACGGCUGCCUCACCCUUCGAACCGAAACGCAUUACUGCUUCACGGCAGAAAUAGGUAGGGUGGUAGUACCCACCCGCGCGGACUCACAAGAUGUCCCACCACCAGUAAAAAAAUACUGCAAUUUUGAUGUACAAACCCCAAGUCUCAAGGUGGGGGUAGGAAUUCACGUUGCCGUGUCUCUGGACUCCGCUAACCAUUUAAGACCGGUUGAACCGAGGGCUCAUCCUAUGCAAAUAAUAACCUCACUCUCUCUUCCAAGCUAUUUAUCCCACAUGGCAAACAAUAAUAAAACAUAAUUUACCGAUUGAUCAAAUUUAAUUGAAACUUCAACUUGAAAUCUGUUUCAGUAUUUUCAAUAAUGCGCUCAUUUAAUUCUAGAUAUAAUAACUCUUGAUCGACUCUUUUACUAACUACCUCCAAAUUCCUAUUUUAAGUACCUACUGCUAGCUCAUAUUACAAUUCUGUGCACUCUAUUAGUGUUUCGAGCAAUCGAGAUUUCCAUCUUACAACUAAAGACAAGCACACUAACAUUCAUAUUUUUGUAUCUAAUUACCCCAGUAAAUAUUGCCGUAAACUUAUUUUUCAAUGUACAAUUAUUAAUAAAAAAUGUCUUACAAAAUAACGUGGCAAAUUAGUUUUAAUGAUUCUCGUAGUGUUAUCCUUCACUAACACUCAGUACUUUUUGAGACUGUUGUAUAUUAAGACGUAGAUUGUGUCCUCUUAAAACAGUCUGAAAUCGUUUUUCUUGUAUUCACGUACAUAAGGAACAUUAGAAUAAAAUAUGAAAAUGUUUAUUUUAAAUGGAAUAUUUUUGUUAUUUCUCACGGACUAUACGCGCUCGUCAGUUUUGCCAGUGGAUAAAUGUAAACUAGAGAAUUCAGCUUGUAUGAUAACGGCCUUUCAAAAUGCGAUGCCCGUCUUCUUCAGUGGUCUUCCGGAGAUCGGUGUUGAAGUUCUUGACGUCAUGGAGCUGGAUUACGUUGAAUUCGAUAUAUCUGGCCUUAAGUUUACGCUGUCAGAUGGUCGUUUGAAGGGACACAAGAACGCAACUAUAGACGAUGUCAAAUGGGACACAGAGAAGAGGAGAUUUGAUGUAAUCUAUCAUCUCGAUUCUUCUAUCAAGGGACAUUAUACCGCCGGCGGUAGCAUACUCGUUUUGCCGAUCACUGGUGAUGGACAAAUGAAGUUAAAAUUAAAGAAUAUGCAGAUCCACUUUUAUAUUGAAUAUGAUGUGGAAAAAGCAGAGGAUGGCAAAGAUCACAUUGUUCUUAAAAAAUAUGAUUUCGAUUUUGACGUAAGAGAAAAUGCACAUUUCGAACUGUCAAACCUUUUCAAUGGUAACAAGGAAUUGAGUAAAAUAAUUCACAGUUUCCUCAAUGAGAAUUGGAAACAAGUAGUAACAGAAUUCGGAAGACCAAUUAUGGACGCUACAGCAAAGAAAUUCUUCAAGAACAUAAAUAUAUUCUUCGAAAAAAAUUCACUUGAAGAUAUAGCGAUUUUAUAGAAAUAGCUAUUAUAAUGUGUAUUAAAUGGUUCUUUUGUUUAUAUCGUGAAUUUCCCUCAAUAUUUCACCUAUGUAAGCUGGUAACUUAUUAUUAAAUGGUUUUUACAUA